AUGAAAAUUGGGGGUGGAGUCGCCACGUGCGUCCCUUCACCGUGUAAACAGGUCACCACGUGCGACCCUUCACCGUGUAAACAGGUCGCCACGUGCGUCCCUUCACCGUGUAAACAGGUCGCCACGUGCGACCCUUCACCGUGUAAACAGGUCACCACGUGCGUCCCUUCACCGUGUAAAAAACUCACCACGUGCGACCCUUCACCGUGUAAACAGGUCGCCACGUGCGUCCCUUCACCGUGUAAACAGGUCGCCACGUGCGUCCCUUCACCGUGUAAACAGGUCACCACGUGCGUCCCUUCACCGUGUAAACAACUCGCCACGUGCGACCCUUCACCGUGUAAACAACUCGCCACGUGCGACCCUUCACCGUGUAAACAACUCGCCACGUGCGACCCUUCACAGUGUAAACAACUCGCCACGUGCGACCCUUCACCGUGUAAACAGCUCGCCACGUGCGACCCUUCACCGUGUAAACAACUCGCCACGUGCGACCCUUCACCGUGUAAACAGCUCGCCACGUGCGACCCUUCACCGUGUAAACAACUCGCCACGUGCGACCCUUCACCGUGUAAACAACUCACCACGUGCGACCCUUCACCGUGUAAACAACUCACCACGUGCGACCCUUCACCUUGUAAACAGGUCACCACGUGCGUCCCUUCACCGUGUAAACAACUCGCCACGUGCGUCCCUUCACCGUGUAAACAGGUCGCCACGUGCGUCCCUUCACCGUGUAAACAGGUCACCACGUGCGUCCCUUCACCGUGUAAACAACUCGCCACGUGCGACCCUUCACCGUGUAAACAGGUCGCCACGUGCGUCCCUUCACCGUGUAAACAACUCACCACGUGCGACCCUUCACCGUGUAAACAGGUCGCCACGUGCGUCCCUUCACCGUGUAAACAGGUCACCACGUGUGACCCUUCACCGUGUAAACAGGUCACCACGUGCGACCCUUCACCGUGUAAACAGGUCACCACGUGCGACCCUUCACCGUGUAAACAGGUCACCACGUGCGACCCUUCACCGUGUAAACAGGUCACCACGUGUGACCCUUCACCGUGUAAACAGGUCACCACGUGCGUCCCUUCACCGUGUAAACAGGUCACCACGUGUGACCCUUCACCGUGUAAACAGGUCACCACGUGCGACCCUUCACCGUGUAAACAACUCACCACGUGCGACCCUUCACCGUGUAAACAGGUCACCACGUGCGACCCUUCACCGUGUAAACAGGUCACCACGUGCGACCCUUCACCGUGUAAACAGGUCACCACGUGCGACCCUUCACCGUGUAAACAGGUCACCACGUGCGACCCUUCACCGUGUAAACAGGUCACCACGUGCGACCCUUCACCGUGUAAACAGGUCACCACGUGCGACCCUUCACCGUGUAAACAGGUCACCACGUGCGACCCUUCACCGUGUAAACAGGUCACCACGUGCGACCCUUCACCGUGUAAACAGGUCACCACGUGCGACCCUUCACCUUGUAAACAGGUCACCACGUGCGACCCUUCACCGUGUAAACAACUCACCACGUGCGACCCUUCACCGUGUAAACAACUCACCACGUGCGACCCUUCACCGUGUAAACAACUCACCACGUGCGACCCUUCACCGUGUAAACAACUCACCACGUGCGACCCUUCACCGUGUAAACAGGUCACCACGUGCGACCCUUCACCGUGUAAACAACUCACCACGUGCGACCCUUCACCGUGUAAACAGGUCACCACGUGUGACCCUUCACCGUGUAAACAGGUCACCACGUGUGACCCUUCACCGUGUAAACAGGUCACCACGUGCGACCCUUCACCGUGUAAACAGGUCACCACGUGCGACCCUUCACCGUGUAAACAGGUCACCACGUGCGACCCUUCACCGUGUAAACAGGUCACCACGUGCGACCCUUCACCGUGUAAACAGGUCACCACGUGCGACCCUUCACCGUGUAAACAGGUCACCACGUGUGACCCUUCACCGUGUAAACAUGUCACCACGUGCGACCCUUCACCGUGUAAACAACUCACCACGUGCGACCCUUCACCGUGUAAACAUGUCACCACGUGCGACCCUUCACCGUGUAAACAGGUCACCACGUGCGACCCUUCACCGUGUAAACAGGUCACCACGUGCGACCCUUCACCGUGUAAACAGGUCACCACGUGCGACCCUUCACCGUGUAAACAGGUCACCACGUGCGACCCUUCACCGUAA